CUUGAAUGAUCGAUUUAUUCAUUAAGGGUGUUUUUUCCAUUAAUCACACAGGAAAAAACUUUUCCUAUUUUAACCAGCAGCGUUUUAUAACUCAGGAUGUUGGAUGUUAUGGGAAGCCUUGGGCUUUUUGUAUAAUUGUAGAUGGAGCAAUAUAGCUGUAGAUUAAUUUAAUAAUUUCACAUAAUACUCACAAACAUUUAGAUUUUCAUAUCAUUUGGGUUUGGGUUCCUGCAAAUAAAUAGGCUACUAUACUAUAAUAAAUAUACUAUACUGUAUACUAUACUGAAUACUUUACCAGACAAUAGCACAGAUGUGUCAUAAACACACCUCUGCCUGGAAAGUUCACGUGCACGGGAAAGUGCUUGACCAAGCGCCAGCUCCUCCCCAGUGAGUUGUAGUGGAGGAGGAAACAGUGUAUAUAUAAGUCUAGAACAAAGUAAUAAACAGAACAACCGGAGUGCAUGAAAGCUGGUAAACUGAAACGAUGACUGUUGGAUCAUCAUCCCCCAUAGUCAGAAGGGUAUCACCUUCUAAGAGUAGAUUUUCCAAAUUGAAAGAAAGACUGUUAAUUUUUAAAAGAAAUAAUCAUGCUCAGGAAGACAACAUGGCUGUAGAGCGGCUGCCGACUUUUCAGCAGAACCUAGAACAGCAUAAUUUUGCAGUGGCAGCGAAUCAGCUGAUAUGUCGAGAGGAGAGUUUGUUUGCACUAAACAAGAAACAAGAAGGGAUGGGCACAAGCGAGAGCAUGUUGGAAGAUGAUGAGACAAAACUGAAUAAAGACUUCGAAGACCUUUUUAAGAAAGUUAUGUCAACAAUUAAGAACUCCUUUGAUGUGGAAACUAACGAGGACAUAGAAUUUCUUAAAGAGGCAGUCCUAGCCAUAUACCAAGAUGAGGAACAGGACAGGAUAUGGGAAGAGGUUGCGAAAAAUGAACGCCCUCCAUGGAGGCCCAGGUGUUGCAGACUGGCGCAUGACAACCUGCUUCAGAAAAUGGUUACACAGCGGAUGGAGGGGGCAAAGCUAGAUUCAAAUGUGAACAUUAAGUCUUCAGUUCAAUUAGAGAUCACUGCCAAGGCUAAACAACUAAAAGAAGACCUGCUAAAAAUUUCAAACAAUGUUAGAAGCUGUUACCCAAAAGAUAAUGUAUGCCAACUAUAUGCCAAAAUAUACCAUAAGGUAUUUAGUGACAAGCUGAGGGAAAUUGCUGACUAUGGACUCGCUGAUGAUGACUGCACACAUGUACUUCAGUGGGUGAACAAUCUUUACCCUGAGAUUCUGAGGAAAGGAGAGAUCUCUGAGCUGAUUGAAUAUGAAAAUCUUGAGCCAUUGCUCCCUGAUGAUAUCCUUGAGCAGUUGGAAGAUCAGUUUUUGAUCACUAAAGAGAAUGAGCUGCAGACUUGGUGUCAGACGGCCUUGAAUAGUGAGAAGAGCACUAAUCCUGAACUGGUAGAUAACUGCUACGUAAGCCAUCUGUCCACUGAUGUGAUUCAGUGUGUCCAUGCUCUUCUAAACACUUCAAAGACUUUGCUGGGCUCUUGGUCAAAAAUUCAGAGAAUCACACACCAGUUUAAACAGUUUCUUAUUAACUACCAGCUUUUCCUUGAGAAUGUGAUUGAUGAUAAUCAGGUGAAUGCUGAUGCUGUAUUGAAGGCCAACCUGCUGUGUAUCACAAAAAUCAGGAAUUAUAUAAUGAUGAAUCCAGAUCCCUUCCCUCAACACAUCAGAAAUGACUGUAUAGAUCUGCUGACAAGGACAAGAGACACAUGCCACAGUUAUUUCAUCAAACCUAUCCACAAAGCUCUCAAGGGGACUUACUCCAAACUGGGUACCCAGGAAUGGAUCAAACACAAUGAACAUGUGUGUAGUGAAUUACUUGAAGGGGUGGACAGACACAUUCAGGAUUUCAGAAAUCUACAUGAAGCAGGCCUUAAGGAGUUGGUAAGCAAGCUUCAUGAAGAGGUUUUGGCUGAGUACGUAAGAAAAAUGAUGAAAAAGAAGAUCAAAUUUAAAGAUGAGAAUAAACAACAGCAGGCAGCUGAAGCGUUAUGCAGAAACAGCCAGAAAAUACAUAAUCUGUUUACUGAGGCUGGAUCAAACAUGAAGGACCUAGAAGACAUCCUGCCAAAAUUAGCUGAACUGCUUACACUGAAUGAUCCACAGUGCAUUGAACUUCAGUUGGUCACGCUCGCUAAUGUUUACCCAGACCUCAGUGAAGCCCAUGUCUCUGCUUGGCUACACCUCAAGGCAAACCUCUCUACCUCACACCUUAAAAGAAUUAAGAAGACCUUCGCUAUAUAUCAUGUUCAAACAGCGGAAAGUACAGUAGAUGGCCAGGAUCCCUAUCAUUCAUGCAGGAAUUUCUUCUCCAAAGUACUUAUUAAGUGAUUCUUUCUAAUAUUGUAAAAUACCAAAUGUUUUCAUGCUGUAUGUUGUAUUUAUAGCCUUUAAUGCAGUUUUAUAUGCGAUGUGAAAUGAAGAAGUAUUGUAAUUAACUAUUUUAAUGUUUUUUUUUAAUGUAAAUAAAUAAAUUACACAUUUUUCUGCA